GAGGAAAAUGCAGGGUUUGUCCUUAACCCUGACGUCAGAUCUUGCUUUAAUAAAACCCCCUCAGGGCUGCGGGAAGAGGCAUAUCUCGCACUCCUGAUGGGCCAGGUCAGUCUCGGCCCAGCUCCCCCGCGAGGUGGCCGGAUCCUCUGGGCUGCUCCGUAGAUGCCGUGGCCACUGACCUCCAGGCAUGAGGUGGUUCCUGCCAUGGGCGCUGGUGGCAGUGACAGCGGUAGGAGCAGUGGGCAGCACCCUGGCCAUGGCCCUCUCUCCAGCUCCCACGGCCACGGUCUUCACCCCGGCUCCCCUGGAGGACGCCUCUGCACAGCCCCAGUUCUGCAAGUGGCCGUGCGAGUGCCCGCCAUCCCCACCCCGCUGCCCGCUGGGGGUCAGCCUCAUCACAGACGGCUGCGAAUGCUGUAAGAUGUGUGCUCAGCAGCUUGGGGACAACUGCACGGAGGCUGCUGUCUGUGACCCCCACCGGGGCCUCUACUGUGACUACAGUGGGGACAGCCCGAGGUACGCAGUAGGAGUAUGUGCACAGGUGGUCGGCGUGGGCUGUGUGCUGGACGGCGUGCGCUACAACAACGGCCAGUCCUUCCAGCCCAACUGCAAGUACAACUGCACGUGCGUGGGCGGCGCGGUGGGCUGCACCCCGCUCUGCCUCCGCGCGCGCCCCCCGCGCGUCUGGUGCCGCCACCCCCGGCGGGUGAGCGUGCCCGGGCGCUGCUGCGAGCAGUGGGUGUGCGACGACGACGCCAGGAGGCCACGCAAGACCGCGCCGCGCCACACGGGCGCCUUCGCAGCCAUGGAUGAGAUAGAGCCAUGGCACAGGAACUGCAUAGCCUACAGCAGCCCCUGGAGCCCCUGCUCCGCCAGCUGCGGCCUGGGGGUCUCCACCCGCAUCUCCAACGUCAAUGCCCGGUGCUGGCCUGAGCAAGAGAGUCGCCUCUGCAACCUGCGGCCGUGUGACGUGGACCUCUGGCCACACGUCAAGGACGGGAAGAAGUGUCUGGCCGUGUACCAGCCCGAAGCGCCCGUGAACUUCACACUGGCCGGCUGCACCAGCACACGCUCGUACCGGCCCAAGUACUGUGGGGUCUGCACGGACAAGAGGUGCUGCAUCCCUUACAAGUCCAAAACCAUCGACAUCUCCUUCCAGUGUCCCGACGGGCCUGGCUUCUCCCGCCAGGCCCUGUGGAUUCAUGCUUGCUUCUGCAAUCUGAGCUGUCGGAAUCCCAACGAUAUUUUUGCCGACUUGGAUUCCUACCCUGACUUCUCAGAAAUGGCCGAUUAGGCAGGCGCAAAACACGAGCUCGAGGCCUGGCCCCAUGCUUGUAAAGCAGGCAGCCUUCUGAGGCCCGCACUGAGCCUCCUUUUGUCCACCUUACCCUGAUCCAGACCCGUGGACCCCUUUCCUGUCUCCGACCACCCAAAGCACCCACCGUGGUGCCGCUCAAGCCCAGACAAUGGGUCCUCUCCUUGACAAUUCCACGUACACUCCAAGGAAAGUGCCUGUCUCCAGCUGUUCUGGUCAAUACCCAAGCCUGAUCUGGCCUGUCCAAGUCACUGGAAGUCUUGCUGGAUCUUGCCCAAGUCUCAAGGAACAGAAUCAGCUAGGCAUUCAAUGUCAUUAAUUCCUUCUUUAAAUACCAAAUCGUAAGACUCUCUGGGUCCAUUCAGAGGAUAGAUGGGAUUUAGAACUACUCUGAUCAACAGUUUGGACCACUGCACACCAAAGUAUCUCUCAUUCCAAAGAUGCGUGCCUCCCAAGGUCACCCAGCAUUUGCCAAGUGAGGUGAAUUGCUGUUUGGGUUUGGUUUUUUUAAUGAACAAUUGUAUCCAUUAUUCCGGGCAUUGUUGAGGUUAGGUUUCUCUUCACCCCUGCACUGUGAAGGGUGUACAUUGGGUUCAUCCCAGUCAGAAAUGCAAGAUGAUAAACUUCCUUCUUGUUCCUGGGAGAAGUCCCCAGUCAAUACUCCAGGGUCAGAGCAAGGUCAGCCAGUUUUCAGAAGGAGCGAUUGACCCCAGCACUGAAUCUGCUGCUCGUGGACAGGGCAGGGCGCUGGGCAAUCAGCCAGGCUUCUCACCUCUGGAUCCUCUCCCUGCACGGGGGCUCAUGGGGUUGGUGGAGUCCCCUGGGGUGAUGUCUCUGACCCCUGAGAAUGGUGCCCUGUGACAUUCCUGUUCUCUUAGGGAGCCUUGGGUCCAGGUUGAGGGUGGGUCAAACCAAGAAGUGGUUUCGGAAACCAAGAAGUGGGUCCAGUCUGCGUCAGCCUAGGGUGGCAAGGGUCCCUGGGCCCAGGACAUGUCUCUUUCUGCCUCAGUGACCCAUUUCACAGACUGUGGGUCUACUGACCCAUAAAACCCAGUUCUGGUGCAAAGACAGAGGUUAACCAGUUGUUUCAAAGCCGAAGUAUAUUUAACAGGGAUGAAAAGCUGAAAGGGCUUGAAGCUAUUCAACAAAAGGAAGAGGAAGUUGCUCUUAAUGGAAAUGAGGCUAUUAUUUAUUUUAUUAGUAAAAUAUAAAUAUUUACAGCUAUAAUUCUUUUGUGUCAGACGUUCUCAGUGCUUUACGUAACCAUUAAUACUAGCUCAUGGAAACUUCGAGGUCAUGUUGAAAAGUGCCCGUUAUUAUUUCUGUUCUUACAAAUGUGAAACAGAAGCUCAGAAAGGGAAGGGAGCUUGACUGAAGUCGCCCAGCUGGUCAGUGGAGGAGUCGGAAUGCAAAUCCAAGUUGAACUGACUCUAUAACCCAUCUUUUCCCUCUACUUUUAGAGCUUCCAGAUGUGUCAGAGCAGGAAAACAUGUCAGGACAGGCGAUUCUUGCAUCAUUUUGGGUUCUUAUUGUUGUCUCUCUAGCUCUUUUCACAAGAGAAGAGAGUGUCUGACUUUCAGAUUAUUUAUGUGCCUAAGAAUCAAACAAAAUCUGGGCUAAACCAAAAUCCAUGAAUCCCCUACAGAUCGUUCCCUCCUUCAAAUCUGAACCAGCUCUCAUAUGUGUUUGAAGAUGAUUUUGUUACCCAAUGCUGCAGACUGAGUGAUCGUGCGGUUAUCAUGAGGGAAUUCUGGGUGGCGAGCAGAGGGAUUCCUAGACAGGGAAAAAGGGUUGAGAAUGUGCCCUCCUUAUGGUGACCUCCCGAAUGCCCGAUGCAAGGCAUACAGUGGUGCUCAAUGUGUAUUUGAUGAAUAAAGGAAAUUGUGUGCAUGUC